AUGUCUUAUGAUAAAUCGAAGAUCUUGUCAAUGAACAUCACUGAGCUGAUACAAAUUCUUGCCGCGAUGGACUUUUUGGAUCUCGAUCGAGCUUGCUCCAACAGCGAUCGUCGAGCCCUGAAGUAUAAAUAUGUAAACAAUGAGGAGAAAGUUGUACUGGAGGAGUUUUACAAUAAAUCAAUGCUUAUUGCGCAACGAUUGAAUUCGCUCUCGGAGGAUCUCAGGACUGUUGAGGGUAACUUGAGGUCAGCCUUGCGCUGUCUCCAGGAAAUUCUUCUUGGGACUAACAUCAACUUGCCAGACCCUGAAGAACACUUCAUAAAAUACCGGAAUAAAGUGGAUCAAAUCAUGAAGUUUGAAUUCCACCCACAAACAGCCAAUAAGUAUGAAGAAUUAUUGGGCAAGGUUCGAAUGGAUCACGAUGCUCUUUUGAGCAGAAAGAGGGAGAUCAUUGCUUAUUCAAAUCGUGGAACCUACUAUUCGAGGCAACAUCGUUCGAUUCAGACACUCAAAACGAUUGAGUUGAAGAGCAUCUGCUGGAAUUUAUUGAGGAGCAACAUAACAGUUGGUGUGAGAGUUGGAAAAAUUCUGGGAUGCUGUAAUGAGCUGAAGUGGAAGAUCUAUUGCACUGGCUGGACAGAUUUCUUCAACAAUUUGACUGUUUCUAACUAUCCGAUCACCACUGCCGAUUUCCACAGAAUUCUGAAAAUCCAUGGAUAUCUUGUGAAUUUCUCGCAUGAGUCUAACACUGGACCAAUGAAAUGGACUUUGGUCAGAGAUGAUUCACAGUCUCCACGAUCCAUGAUUGCUCAUUUGAAUGCGAUGGUGAAUAAUGCAACACUAUCAAACUCGAUUUUAACGACUACUAACUCUUCCAACUCUACUGAUGUGCAAGACCCGGUCAUCGGGUACAGUCAUCAACAAUUUUUCUGGAGUGGUGGAUUUUUGGGGAACUAA